AUGACUCAAACAGCUAAACCUUAAUUAAUCACUUCAAUCGUCAUUGUUGCAUUGUUUACAAUAGUGCCAACAAUUGAAGCACAUGCCCGUUUUUAACCUUAUACUAUUGAUGACGAUGAAUUCAACUAUUUGGAUUUUUCAAGCUAUGAGCUUUUGCAAGUGAUGAAUCCUCAAGGUUAUGGAAAAGUAAAUGAAUUAUUUUUUCCAAAAACUACAAUGAUCUCACCUGGAUCUUCAUAUUUUGAGCCUGGUAUUAAUGUAGAGGAAGAUGUACCGAAGAUCACCAGUCUUAGUACUUGGAUGACCGACCUUAAGAAAUACAAAAAAAUAGCACCUCUUAAGAUAAAUUAGAUUGCCAUUCCAGGUGCCCAUCAUGCUGGUCUUACUUAUCUACUGCCACUUUUUGAGUCAGUUCAGAAAAUAUUUAGAUAGUUUGGAUUAGAAAGCGACUCUGGAACUUUCGGUUUACCUAAAGAAUACCUAUUUAAAAUUGUUAACUCAUUACUUGUUCCUCAUCACCAUUCAGUCGCUUAAAUACUUGAGCAAGGCGGAAGGUAUUUAGACCUUAGAGUAGCUAGAGACAUUAAUGAUCCAUAACAGAUUUACUUAGCACAUUGCUUUUUGUCAAAGAUUAGACUGAAUGACACGUUAGCUGAUAUAAAUGAAUUCCUUAACAAAAACCCAGGUGAAAUCAUUUUCAUUGAUAUUCCAGGCGAUGAUGGUCCCUUAGGUACAGUUGGUGACUCAGUACCUCACUAACAAAUAGAUCAUCAGAUUAGAAAGUAUAUAGACAGUAAAUUCAUACUCUCAAGAAAGAACAUCAGCUAGCCUAUUUCAACAUAUGGUGGAAUCUACUUCUCAAGUUUUGAAGUGAAUUCAACUAUAGAUCAGAUUAAGAUUAAGGGAGGUUGGUCAAUGACUCACUCAGACAAUCCUUAUGAUGUAAUUCAAAAUAUUUAAGAAUACUACGAGAACGGAAGUUACUUAAAACAAGAACCACUUGACUAUGAUGUCUUAAAGUGUGAUCCCUACAUAACAGGGACUAAAGAUACUAUGAUACAGACUAUAAAAUACGAAACUCUUCUUUAAAAAUAUGAUCAACCUGUAGAUCCAUUGAUUAAUGCCAGAUUCAUCCCAGCAAAUCUAAAAUCUACAGCUCAACUUACCAAUCCUUUGUUCUAUAAUUCAGUUUACAGAUCUAAAGUGCUCACUCAGGUAUUGAAUAUUAUUGAAAUGGAUGAUUUUAAUUCUGGAAACGCAAUUAGAGCUAUUGAAAUCAAUAUUAACAGAUACUAUCCUUGA